CCGGCAGCCUCCUGCGCCGAGCGGGAGGCGGCGGCGGGGACGACCCGGGCGCGAGCGAGGCGAGAACGAGAGCGCGCAGCCCGAGCCCCGGGCCCUGCCCGUCGGCCGUCGCCGUCGCCUAAGCCCGCCCAGAGCCAGCGCCGCGCUUAGCCCCGGGCCGCGGAGACAUGAGCGCCCGGCUCGACGCACCCCAGGCGCAGCGGCGCGGGCCCGCGGCCCGGUGACGGUGAUGGGCUCCUGCGUGUCGCGAGAUCUGUUCACAAGUGCCCACAAGGACUGCCCCAUGCCCCGGGGCACAGAGCUCCUGAACCCAGACCUGCCCUCCAGCCAUCCACCUGACAUUGCUAUAGACCAUGUCACUGGCAAGGACAAACAGCUGGAUUUCUGUUGGGAUCCUUGGCAGAGGUGCCUCCAGACCACUAACGGCUACCUGUCCGACUCCAGAGCCUGCGCCAGCAACUACAGCGUAGCAGCCCUGGCCACCUCAUCCCUUGUGGGCGUGGUGCAGGGCAUCAAGGACCACAUCACCAAGCCCACAGCCAUGGCGCGGGGCCGCGUGGCGCACCUCAUCGAGUGGAAGGGCUGGAGCGCCCCGAGGGCGGGCUGGGCGCCGACGCCGGCGGAGGACGAGCACUACUGCCGCCUGCCGGACGAGCUGCGCGAGGCGCGCUUUGCCGCAGGGGUGGCUGAACAGUUCGCCAUCACGGAGGCCACUCUGAGCGCCUGGUCCUCGCUGGAUGCCGAGGAGCUGCUCCCCGAAGACAGCCCCGGGAACCCCGUCCAGCUCCAGGACCUGGAGAGCCUCUACCUUCCAGACAGCCUCUCGAGCGGCCCCUUGAGAGAGGACAGCCUCCUGGCCUUCUCGUCCCCUGGCCUCUCCCCUGAUGCCUGGCCUUUGCCCGAAGAGUCCCCCAUCAUGGCCACUGGCCCACAGCACCCCGGCCCUGAGCAGCAACAUCGCAGGCGGCUGCCUGGGGGCCCAGGGCCCAAUGGUGGGGCCCUGCUGCUGGGCUCCCUGCCCUCAGUGAACAGUGGCUCCCUCUCGGAGGAGGAGGACGAGGUGUUCUACAACUGAGCCAGCCAGGGUGCCUCGCCCACCUACACCUCACCUGGCCUGGCAGGACCCCACACAGGACCCCCAGGCCUGGGCAUCUGGGGCCUGCGGGCAGGCACUCUUCGUGGACCACUCUGUGCCUCGUGGGCCUGCCCCAGCGUGGGAGCAUAACCCCUUCUCUCCUCGGCCUAGUGGGCCCCUCCCUCUGAGGCUCUUGUCCUCUUGAGCUCAAGGACUCUGCAGACACCAGGGCAACAGUCCCCAGGCAGACAACAGACCAUGGAAGGGACAAGGAGGCCCCUUGGAAUGGGGCCUGGGGACCUGGCUGGGUCUGGCCCAGCCCCUUCCGUGUGCCUGUCCCCAUCCAAGGUGGGCAGCCUCCUCUGGUAGCUAAGCACCCUCAGGGGCUCUGUCCCCAGAGUGUCUGUCUGUCCCUCACCCUCUGGACCUGCUUCCUUGGUGCCCAGCUCCCUACCCCAGGGAGCCUCUUUCCCUCCUUGCAUCCCCCAACUCCCUGUUGGUUCUCUGGUGACAUUAAAGUGGUGGCUGUGUCCUGA